GGUGCUGCUCCUCACCCUGCUGAGCACCUGGUUCAUCCUGCAGACGUACUUCCAGCACAGCUGGAAAGCCAUCAGCCUGCGGAGCUGGCUCGGUGAGCACCAACAGGCUCCAGAGGCUCCCGGAGGGAGGGUGCCCGAGUUCCAUUGGGAGCCAGCCCCCAGAGCGGGAUAGAGUUGCCCUGACCAUUUGUAUUUGAAUCUCUGGACUGCAGUCACUGCUUUAGCCACCAGCUCUGACCUCUAGGGCAGGGAGGGGACAGUGUGGUGGGAAGCUGCACUGGGGUGGGUCCAGGGAUGCCUGCAGCCAUGGGAAGCAGUUCUAGACAGCUGCUGCCUGAACAGCUGCUCGUGGCUUGGGGAAGAGCCAGCAGCUCUGCAGGGUGUCUAAUCCUCCUGCUUGAUACCCACAGGUGCCACGAACAAGCCCAGCAGUGAGUAUCGCUCUCGACUUCAUCACACAACUCCGCCCAGGGUUCAGGGGGAUGGUGGAAGAGUGAGAUCUCCUUCAAGAGCCCCUUCCCUGAGGCAAAAGAUCCCCCUUUGCCAAACACAGGGGAUUUUGCCACUGAACACAGCAAUGGGGUCUUUGGUGGGUCCCUGCCUUGGGAAAGAAUGGGGAGACUCUGGGCAGAAAAGCCCCAAGGGUCUUGCCUUGGACACCAGCUCCAAAUGCUCCCAGCACACACCCUGUGUCACACCUGGAGCAGCACCUGGCCUUGGCACCAUAAACCUCAAUCAACAGCUGGUCCCAGCCGCAGGACAAGCCUCUUUCACGCAAGAAGUUGGUCCAAGUGUUGUCCCUUAGUGCCCCACUGUACCCCAGGGCCAGCCCCCGCUCAGCCCCUUGGGGACACGGCCAGUGUGUCCCCAUGGGAACAAAGCCAUGGCUUUCAGCUCCACUCCUCCCUUGCAGGUGAGAAGCUGCUCCGGCACAAGUGUGGGAACCAGAAGAGCUGCCCCCAGGAUUAUUUUGCCUUCAAGAUCAUCAGCGGUGCUGCAAAUGUGGUGGGACCCUCGAUGUGCUUUGAAGACUUGAUCCUCAUGAGCAACGUGAAAAACAACAUUGGCAGAGGCCUGAACAUUGCACUGGUAAAUGGAACAAAUGGGGAGCUCCUGAAAACCGAUGCCUUCGACAUGUACUCUGGAGACAUUACCAAGCUGCAGACCUUCCUCCAAGAGAUCAAGCAUGGCACCCUUGUGCUGGUAGCAAGCUAUGAUGAUCCUGCCACAAAGAUGAAUGACAAAGUACGGGCACACUUCACGGAGCUGGGCAGCAGCGUGGUGGGCAAGCUGGGCUUCCGAGACAACUGGGUCUUCCUGGGAGCAAAAGGGCUGAUGAGCAAGAGCCCCUUUGAAAAGCACAUCAAAAAUGAUAAAGAGACAAAUAAAUACGACGGCUGGCCUGAGCUGUUGGAGAUGGAGGGCUGUGCCCCCAGGAAGAUGGACUAGCAUCAAACUCCAGCCUGCCAUGGAGGGCAGCUUCACCAGUCGCACAGGGACACCAGCCCCACCGUGGGGACUCCAGCCUCUCCACUGCCAGGUCACAGAGUCCAGCAGCUGCUGCCUGCUCACAGGAACUGGCUGUUUGGCAGCAGGAACUGUGCAGGGCUUGGAGAAGAGUUGUACAAGUGCCUGCAGAGCCUGACACGUGGCCAGGCUGCAGCCAAGCCAUCCUCGUCUAUGGGCUA